AUGAAUAAUUUAUCAUCACAUAAUGUUUUAGUUUGGGCCCAACAUGAAAUAGAUGAUUUAUGGAAUUCUAUCAAUAGAUCUCCAUCAGAUUCUUUUUCGUAUUGGAUCUCAUUAGCAAGUUUUACAUUUGCUGUCUUAGGUUCAUUAAGUAAUUUAAUGUCCGGCAUUGUUUUAUAUAAAUUAAGUACACAAUUAUCAACAUUCGUUUAUUUAACUAGUUUAUCAAUAUCUGAUAUGAUAACAUGUAUAACAAUAAUGUUAAUGCUAAUAAUUGAAUUUCUACUUCAAACUCGACAGAGUAUGUCAGUAACAAUUUUUCUUCGUCGAGUUGAAAUUAUAUUUGGAGCUUUAGCUGCUGCUAGUCGAGUUUUAUCCUUUUGGAUAUCAACAGCAGUUACAAUUGAUCGAUAUAUAUUAAUUUGUUAUCCAUUGUAUGGAAAAACAUUUUGUACAUUAUAUAGAGCAAAAGUUGUUUCACGAACAUUAUUUAUUGUUGCAUUUAUUUAUUCAGUUCCACUUCUUUUUGAAUAUGAAGUUAUAAAACUACCAAGUGUUUAUCAAAUGAUUCAAUUUGAUAAUGAAUCAAUAGCAGUAAACGAUGAAAAACUUAAUAAAAACAGUAUGCUUGUUACAAAAGGUUAUACUGAUUUAGCUAAAAGAAGAGCGUAUCGUUGGGCUUAUCUAUUUUUUAAUGCUAUAUUUGUUUAUACAUUACCAACGUUAAUCAUAAUUUUUUCGAAUUUACAAUUAAUAGGCGCUUUAAAGCGUCGUAAAUCUCGUACAAAAAGUAUAAGAAAAAGACAUCAUUCAAAUCAUUCUGAAAAAACAAAUCGUCAAUCCAAUCGUUUUCAUCAUUCAAAAUAUUCUAUAACAAUAAUGGUUAUUGCUAUGGUAUUAGCAUUACUUUUAUGUCGAAGUCCAACAAUAGUUCUUUGGAUUUUAUGGUCAUUUGAAUUAACGAUAAAAACUUUCUUUGAUUCAUCAUCAAGUUCAUUUGUAAGACGUUUUCAUAAUAUAGCAAAUUUAAUUGCUAUUAUUAAUGCAGCUACUAAUUUUAUUCCAUUUUGUGUAUUUGGACAAUUAUUUCGUGCUGAAUGUUUAACAAUUUAUUGUUGUCGAAAACCAACAAGCGAACAAUUAGCAAAACAAUCAAAAAUAAUACAUGAACGAAAACAUCGACAUGUAAAAAAGAAUGCAAAAACAAAAACAACUAUUAAUGAAAAAAAUACAAUUCAUAUUGAAAUAGAUUAUUUACAUACUGUUUCAUCCAUACAUUCUGAUUCAAUAAGCGGAGUAAGCCGACCAUCUAGUGAUCAAUUCAUUGAACUAAUAUGUUAA